UAUUGAGAAUCGAGGAAACUUAACUGUAGUUAGUUAAUAAUGUGCACGUGAAUGAUUGCAAAUAAUCGAAACUACAUCUUAAUAUUUAAUAAAUUAAAAUCCGAUAAAAUCGAUUGAUUUAACUUUCUAUAUAAAUAUCAUUUUAAGUAUUGUAACGAGUGACUUAUGGGAAAAAGGUGGCGGAACCAGAAGUGAAAGUGAAUGUAGAAAAAAAAAAAAAUACACAUGUUUAAUAACGAUGGCACUAAGACUAAUGGUUAUAUUUCCAUUAAUUUUUACGAAUAUGUGUGACAAAGUUGAUAUUGAAGCAAAUGUUACUGGUGGGGGGUCUUCUGGACAAGCUGGUGUUAUACGAUUAGGUAUUUCAUUAGGGCUUCGAAGCUUUGUCGAUAAUGACAUGAUAGAAAGAAUGAAACUUGCUGGCCUUCUAACGAAUGACUGGAGGAGGCGUGAAAGAAAGAAGUGGGGUCAGGAAGGAGCUCGUGCAAAAUUUACAUGGAAGAAACGUUAAUUUUUUUUUUUAAUUUCCUGCAUUUAAAUUUCUAUAUUAAAUUUGAAUAAAUUAUAUAAAAUUUAUUAAACAUUUUGAAAUAAAAUGCAUGUUAUUAUAAAAUUCUGUAGAAAAAAUGCAACAAAAAAUAAAUGAUUAAUAAAAAUUAUUAACUAAAA